GCGGGAAAGCCACACUAGCUGGGGACGCCAUGUCGGUGUUGCUUUGUUACCUCAGAGGGUUGAGGCCGUCUCUUCACAUUGUUACGAAGAGAUUGUGGAAGACAUUGCCUGCGGUGACCCUGAAUUUGCGCCCUUAUCAGACUCAGCAGGAUGAGAAGUCCAAACCUAUCAGCCGUUACCCCAUUCCCUACAAGAAGGACUUACCUUUUGACAUUUUAGAGCUCAUGGAAGAGAUUGAAAUGAAGACAGGAUUUUUACCAAAUAUAUUUAAAGUGUUGUCUUACCGUCCACUGGAAUUCAGAGCCUUCUUUGCUUAUUAUGAUGUCAUCUGCAACAAAAAAACAGGCCAACUCAGCAGAGCUGACAAGGAACUCAUCAUUGUCGUGACCAGCCUAGCCAACAGAUGCCCCUACAACGUGGCUUGCCACAGUGCCCGGUACAGGGUCUACUCAAAGAACCCAGUGCUCUCUGACCAGGUCUCUGUGAACUGGAGAAAGUCUGACCUCUCUGCUCGGGAAAAAGCAAUGCUCGAAUUCGCACUUGCUGUUUCCCAAGCAGAUGACAUAACAGAUGACCAUUUCAAAAAACUUGAAGUGCACGGCUUCAAUCAAGAAGAUGCCUGGGACAUAGCUGCAAUUUCAGCUUUUUAUGCCAUGUCCAACCGUCUUGCUAAUUUUGUCAAUCUUGUUCCCAACAAAGAAUUCUAUUUCAUAGGCAGAACCAGUGAGGUUAAAGAUGUGAAGAGUGAACCUGCUUCUCAAGUCUAAAAGUCUGACAGGAAAGGCCUGUGUUCACCUCAGUUGUGUUGUGCUGUAACACCUCAGAAAAAAUUUUUUUAAAUCUAGUCAGUGGAUAGAGGCACAAAUACAUGUUUUUUGCCUGCUUAAUGAGGUGAAUCCUCAGUGUUGUGGGUACACAACAACAUGUGACACCAGGACUAGGGAACACAUUUCAAACAAAUGGCUAAAGGUUGACUUUUGUUGUAAUCAGACAGAACCACCAGGAGCAAAGGAGUUUCAAAGGAAGCUUUAGGGAUUUCUCAUGAAGUGGCAUCUAACUGGGUUUCAGCAACUGAAGUCAAAAGCUUUAAAAAAAAUGAGGUUACGUUGAAAUUGGUUUGUCUAGUUUGUGAUUUGAAAUCAGUUCCUUAUUCACGUGGUUGUAUGUAAAGGCUUUGCUGAAAGGCACUGAGUAGAUAGGACCAAGCACUGUUGAAGUUCAGUCUGUCCUGUUUUCUCAGAUAACUGCAAGUAAUUUUUUUUUUACAGACAGGUGGCAAAAAGCAUUGUAAUUUCUUUUUUUCUUAAAGCAUUGUCAUUUCAAUAGAAUUUUAGUCCUGUAUAAUUCUUAGUUUGGGUUUCAGUAAAAAUCAUUUGGAUUACAUUAGCACUCACACCUAAAGUAGGAGCAUUUAGGAGAAAAAUUUGGCCUGACUAAAUGACCUGUUCUAUGCGUUACAUCCAUCACUGCCUCAGUUGGUGGCUAUAUUAACUUUUCAAGGCUCCUUCUCAAUGUUUAACUGAGAGUUAUAUGCAAAUCUUCAAAAUGUCAGUUGGUUUUUCUAGAUUCCACAAUUGCUUAAUUUUUGAAUUGGCUGAACUGUGAAACCUUGGGACCCUGCACAUGCGUGGGAGACCUGGAAGAAGCUCCUGACUCCUGGCUUUGGAUCGGCUCAGCUUGGGCAUUGCAGCCACUUAGGGAGUGAACCAGCAGAUGAAAGACUUCUCUGUCUCUCCUUGUCUCUCUGUAACUCUGCCUUUGAAAUAAAAAUAAAUCUUUUUAAAAAAAAA